AUGACUAUGGUGUUUCUACUAGGGUAUUGUCAAAGGGCUCAAUGUGAAAAAUUACCUACUGGUUUUACCCAUAAGUUAACAGCAGCAAGAAGAAACUUAGCUUUAUUUCAACAUCAUGAUGGGGUCACUGGAACUGCUAAAGAUCAUGUGGUUCAAGAUUAUGGUAUGCGUAUGCAUACUUCUUUACAAGAUCUUCAAAUCUUUAUGUCCAAAGCUAUUGAGGUUCUUUUAGGGAUCCAUCAUGAUAAAAACGAUCAAAACCCGUCUCGGUUCGAGCCCGCUUUGAUCCGGUCCAAAUUUGAUGCGCAACCGGUGCACCGACCGGUUAGUGCUAAUCAAGGAACCGUGCAAACCGUGGUCCUUUUUAAUCCGAUUGAACAAACGAGAAACGAGGUUGUUAUGUUUGUUGUUGAAAGACCCGAUGUGACUAUUUUGGACUCGAAUUGGACGUGUGUGAAAAGUCAAAUAUCUCCUGAAUUGCAGCAUAAUAAAAUCAAAAUGUUUACUGGAAGACAUAGAGUGUUUUGGAGAGCUUCGAUUCCUGCCAUGGGGUUACAAACGUAUUACAUCGCGAAUGGUUUUGUCGGAUGCGAGAAGGCCAAACCAGCAAAAUUAAAAAAUUUCUUCCAAUUUCCGACACACCCCUUGUCUUGCGCCUUAUACCUGCUCAAAGGUGGAGGGUGA